UCCAUUACUAACACCUCACUUUCUGAGUGACUCUCAACUUGUUUCAAAUCCAUCCUUCACACCCCCGCGGUGAUGAUUUUUUUCCAAUUACCUUUUUGAAAUGUAAUCCUAGGCCUCCAAAAGUUUGUCUUUUUUUAUAUUUUUCAAUGUCUAUACUUUUACUGGAUUCCCCUGGACUGGUGAUGUGACGGUGUCCAGCCGUAUUCCGCCUGACAGCAUGGCCCGGUCGAGUGUGAAUGUCAGCAACAGCACUUUGGAGCGUGCGCCGCCGGAGGACGAGCCGCGAGAUGAGCGCCUGGCGCAGCUGGAAAUAGUUCUCCUGUCCAUCAUCUUCGUCACCGCGGGCGUCCUGAACUCCGGGCUGCUGCUGGUGCUGUGGAGGCGGAGGAAGCAGCUCUCCAGGAUGCGCGUCUUCGUGCUCCACCUGUGCGUCGCCGACCUGGUGGUCACCUUCUUCCAGAUUUGCCCGCAGCUCAUGUGGGACAUCACGGACCGAUUCCUCGGCCCGGACGUCCUGUGCCGCGCGGUCAAGUACCUGCAGGUGGUCGGGAUGUUCGCCUCCACGUACAUGAUCGUGGCGAUGACGCUGGACCGACACCAAGCCAUCUGCAACCCCAUGGUGACUUUCCAGAGGCGCAGGGCGCGCUGGAACGGCCCGGUGUGCGCCGCCUGGUGCGUCUCCCUCGUCGGCAGCCUCCCGCAGGUCUUCAUCUUCUCCCGCGUCGAGGUCGCGCCCGGCGUGUACGACUGCUGGGCGCAGUUCAUCAAGCCGUGGGGGCCGAGGGCCUACGUGACCUGGACGACCCUGGUGAUCUUCGUGCUGCCCGUCCUCACGGUGAUCGUGUGCCAGGUGCGCAUCUGCCGCACCGUGCACGCCAACUUCCACACGAAGACGCAGCAGCAGCAGCAGCAGCAGCGGCAGCCCGCCAGAGAGGCGCUCGGCAAGCCGCUGUCCUCCAGGGCCAGCUGCGUGGCAGGCGUGUCCAAGGCCAGGGCGAAGACGGUGAAGAUGACCGUGGUCAUCGUGCUCGCCUACGUCGUCUGCUGGACGCCCUUCUUCGUCGUGCAGCUCUGGUCCGUCUGGGACGACGAGGCGCCCACUCAGAGUGCCACCUUCACCAUCCUCAUGCUGCUGGCCAGUCUGAACAGCUGCGCCAACCCCUGCAUUUACCUGCUGUUCAGCGGGAAGCUGCCCAGGAGACUGGUGGCCAUGGUGUGCGCGGGCCAGUCGGAGUUGAAGGACUCCAUCCAGGAGGAGGCCACCAUGGUCAGCUCCCUGUUCAUCAACCUCAAGAGCCUGUCAGGCAGCAGAUAAAAAAGCCUGAGGUUCUCGCCAUGCGUCCCUCACACCUGUCGCAAGCCAGUUGAACACGGUGUAUCAAAGACAGGUAACUGUAUGGUAGGGAGAACUCAUUGAAGAAAUGGACACCGGUGAAAUGCUUUCACAGGAAGUCCCUGUUGAAUACCUGACAAGUCAUUAAAGGGAUGUUCCGAAUACAUAUACAAACAGUUGAAUGCUACAUACAUUAUUUUUACCCACAGGACGGGUGCGGCUCAAGACAUGAUCUGUUGAUUGACUGGUCCAGCUCUUUGGUGCAGACUGGCUGAAUUGUCAUAUUCAUCCAGUUGUCCAGUAUGUCAUAUUCAUCGAUGUCCCUAGAGGGUUAACCCUAAUGACUUUGCUGAUCCCCUGGAUUGGCCGCCGUGAGUUUGGCAUUUUUAGUAUCGAUUGAAAUUGAUGAAAUUAUUGAUUGUAGUGUCAUGACAUUUGGCUCAGGCAUGUACGAUCCCCACAAGACUAACUGUAAUACCAUUAGUGUCGCCACAAAUUUAUCGGUCGUGCUUUUUGUUUCGUGUAAAUCAAUUGGCGUUAGCAUUAUGGUGGUGAACAUGAUAUCUGCACAACACAAAUGUAGUUCAUCCUGUGGAACGUAUAUUUUAUAUGCAACGGUUCAUAUGUAUCAUAUGUCCUUUGAAUGUGAUUCUUCAAUACACCUGACCUCUCAUCUGUAAAUAUGAUCAUAUGUAUGAUUAUGACAGAUUAAAAUAGUGUUGUAUAUUAUGAGACAACAGGUCGGUCUCUAUUCUGUAUAAAUAUUCAGUGUCUUCAGCGAGAUACUCACGGAGAAAUGUUGCAACAUUUUUACAUUUUUCACAGAUGUUUCUCUCAGCCUCGGGGGAGUGUUGCCCAAUAAACGGU